AUGAUUCCAAUCAAAGCUUUAAACGAUCUUGAACGAAACAAUAAUCGAACAAGAGUGAUUCGGCGUAGGAGACAACGGAUUACAAAACAAUUUUAUCAAAGAAGAAAUUUAAUCGUUCCUACACGACCCCCAAGAAUCAUUAAUCGAAGACAGAACCAACUUGCAAAUAGGAUUUGUCAAAGAAGUAGAGUUCAGUUCAAUAAUAACGAUACAUUAUACAGAAUUUCAAAUUUACCUUCUCAAAUGGCCAAUAAUCUCAAUAAUCUCAACAAUCUCAAUAAUCUUUUGGUGGAAGAAUUCUUCAAUGGCGCUUCAUUUGUUUAA